UAUUUUUCUUCCUUCGAAAGCGAUUGUUUUUUCUCUUUAUUCGCGAUUGGAAAAAAUGGUGACGAUAGCUCAAAAUUUGCUUGUAUUUUAAAUUUCGUGACCUGAAAACAGCUUCACGCGAGUGCGAAUAUAGUUUAAAAUUAUAGCCAAGUGACAAGUGCGGUGAGUGAGAAAAGUUUUACUACCCAAAGAAAAAUAGCCAAUUUGUGAAGCGAAACAAAAAACGAAGUUAUCGGGAAAGUGAAUUACAAUAAUUUCUCGUCGUAGCUUUUGUGUGUUUUUGGUCUGAACCGACGUUUAAAACACCCUUAGUGGAUCUAUCUAGCAGUUAUUACUAAGCGUAUUCACAAAGAGACGCUAUUGGAGACUUCUAAUGUAAGAUUAUGGUAACACGCUUCCAACGCCUGAUGGGGUGCUCCUCUAUCCCGAUAGGAGAGACCCCGCCUGAGGACGAGACGCAAUGCUCAGGCCGGGGUGACUGUCUCAAUGGAACAUGUCUAUGUGAAAUACGCUACAGCGGAGAUGAAUGCUCCGGUUUCAAUUUGCCCUACCAUGCGGGCAUAUCUUCCGUAUUCUACUUCGUCGCUUUCAUCUCUAUGGUACAGUUAAUGAUCUGCAUUAUCGCCGAAUAUCAACGGUUGAAGCAGCCGAGUUUUUUGCGCGCCUGCCGGUUGACAACGCAAAAGCUGCUUUAUUUUUUCGUUUUUAUCGCAUCGGUGCUGCGCGGAGCGUACUUCACUACACCGGAAACAUUGCAGCCAGCAUGGGUCACCUAUCUAAUGUCAGCAUACUAUCCACUGGUUAUGACUUGUUCUUCACUGGUCGUAUGCCUGUGGGCUGAGAUUUUUCAUCUGCGCGACAUCCGUUGGGAGCGAUCCCAAUUUUUGUCCAAGAGUUUUCUCGGUUUUCUGGCCUUCAAUCUGCUUCCGUACAGUUUGUUCCUGGCGGAGAUAGCUUACUCACACCUUUUCUCUGGUCAAAGUACGCAUUUUUUCAACGGCUGCUACGCGGCAUUGUUACUAGUCGUAGUAAUAUUCUUCCUGAUAUACGGAGUGGAAGUGUUUUUCAAGGUACGCGGCGGUUUCGUGUACGACUUUGGAACAGCUCCCAGCAGCGAGAAUGUGAACGCUUCCCAGUUGCACCAGUCUCGCUUCGGAUUGCUAAGUCAGGCAAUAAUGCUAAUCGUCAUCAUCGGUUUCUUAACAUCAGAAACAUUGGGUGACUUCUGGAAGAAAAAAGUUCCGGUAUACUCCCGCAACUGGCAUGAUAUCGUGUUCCGGCUGGCUGAAGUAGGUGUCGCACUCUGGUUCCCCUGCUGUCUAUGGAACUCGAUGGCUCCCGAACAGCUGUGGAUUUUGAAUCCACGCAAAUUACUGACCCGCCAAAUCGAUCCGGUAACGGUUGGCUCCGACAGCUCACCGGAACCGGAAGCUUCCACCUCAACCGCCGAAGAAGGACAAUCGUUUCUCGGGAAGAAAGAUUGCUGGAUUUGCUACGACAACGAGAAACCGGAACCAUUGAUUCAACCGUGCAAGUGCACCGGUGACGUCAGCUCGGUUCACCACGAGUGUCUCCGUCGCUGGCUGGUCGAAAGUUGUGCCAAUUCAGACACCGUGCUCAUGUGCAAGGUGUGCGAGUCACCGUACGAAAUAGAGCGGUCUAAUCGUCUCGACUGGGAGAAGGGAUUCACCAUUCAGCACUGGGCCAAGACGAUUAUCAUUGUAACGCUGAUGUGCAUCACCGGCGCUGGCGCAUGGGUCAUCAUUCAGCUGAACGAGGACUCGUUCGUACGGGUAUUGGUGGCCGGGUUCGGCAUCAUCAUUGGCUACAUUCUAUUCAAAAUGCUCGGCGAGAACACGGUGACGGCAAUUGAGCGCGCUAAGGUUAGCUCGAUCAACAUCGUCACGUCGGCGAGCGAUCUGAACAAUGGCAGCAACGAUGUUCAUGAGAAGCUCAACACCAUCUGUCAGGAUGUGGAAUGCAAGUAAGCAAGACGGACGAGUAGGCUUGGAAAGCAAACAAACAAAAAAUCUGUGACUGAACCAUUGUCAUCCCAUAAUAGAAGGAAGAUCUGUCUAAAACCGAUGAUAUAUGGUUCCCUAGCGUAAGCAAGAAUGUGUUUUAGUCCAUACGAUGUUAUCCUAUAAGUUGUUUUAGGAGACAGUGGGAAGCGGAUUUAACUAUAUAUAUACAGCAUACAUAUAUUUAAUGAAAGGCCCUACCUACCUUACCUGAGACUUUUUACAAUAGGUACCGAUCUUUUGCAAUGCAAGUCCCGAACGUAAGCGAAUAUAUUUUUAUAUAGGUAUACUUUUACAUUUGGUUUGAUAGGCAAUACUUAUAGGGUAAAGCUGUUAUGUAGCUCACGUCUCAACCUCUCAGACAAACGUUUCUGUUUCUACUGUUUUCUAAUGAUGCAUUUAAACGUUGGCUAUCAGAAUCCUACAACAUACCACCAUAGUUUCCGUGAAAUUUUCCGACUUCGUGUAGCUAUAUUCACAGUCUCGUUGGUUUAUUUGCGUCGUAGCGUAACAGUUUAUUUUUUGUUUUGGUUUCAUGAGUGCUGUUUGAUAAAAAUUAUACCGAUAGAGUGGGAGAGUAAGUUAACAUACGCUAGUGACAGAAAGAAAAAAAACUAAAAGGAUUUAACGACUAGAGCUUAAGUAAUUGAUUUUCUUCUGCAACGGUCAGUAGGACUACGAUGGUUUUACCGCCCUCAAAAUAUUGUGGAACACGGAAAUAUACUCAAAAGUAAAACGAGUGACAUGGCAUAAGAACCUCAAGCUAAUGUGAUCUCAUUGAGCUUAGUGGUAAAAUUGAUGCACUGUAGAAGAGCUAGAAGGAAGGAAAUCGAUUCAGAGUCCUGCGCGAGCUGUCUCCUACCAUUGGAUUGUUCGCAACCAUCGAGAACUAGCACAAAAAAACGAACAUGAUUUCCGUAUUUUCAAAUUUUGCUUUCACAGAAACAACAUGUCCCGUGUGUGUGGUUUGUUUUGGAUGAAUUGUAUUGAUUUAAUCUGUAUGGUUCAGUUGAUUGAACUAGUUAUUCUAAGAAAAGGUGUUUUUAAUAUAAUUUGGAUAUGUUUAUUCGGCGUGUAAAUGUAAUAACAUGAUGAACAUUAGCAACCUUUGUUAGAAGCGACUUAGUAUAAUGAGAUCUUUAUCUAAGAAAUCAUACCCAAAAUGUAGGAAUGCGAAAAUAGUCGACAUCAAUUUGAACCUUCAACAAACAUUUUGCGCCCCUGUAAGUUUUAAAUAGACAAAAACAUACAAAAGAGAUUACUGCAAAAAUUAUAUCUUAAAAUAGUUUUGAUUCGAAUUUGCAUAUUUAAAAAUAAAAAAAUUCUUGAAUCAUGCAA